AUGGAGCGCGGUUUGCACCUCAACGCCGCGGCCGUGGCCGAAGAGGACCUGUUCCUGCACAAGAGCCUGAGCUCCGCCUCGGCCAAGCGUCUGGAGUCGGCUUUCCGCUCCACGCCCCCGGGGAUGGACCUGUCUCUGGCGCCUCCGCAGCAGCAGCAGCCGCCGCCUCCACCACCGUCGCCGCUGCCACCGCCCCGGGACCGCCAGGCGUCGUCUUCCUCUUCGCCCCUGGGUUGCUUCGAACCUGCCGACCCGGAGGGGGGAGGGUUGUUGCUGCCGCCGCCCGGCGGAGGAGGAGGAGGUGGCGGUGGAGGAGGAGGUGGUGGAGGAGGAGGUGGCGGUGGAGGAGGAGGAGGUGGAGGAGGCGGUGGCAGCGGAGGAGGAGGAGGAGGGGUGGGGGUCCCCGGGCUGUUGGUGGGCUCUACUGGAGUCGGGGGGGACCCCAGCCUGAACAGCCUGCCAGCCGGAGCAGCCCUGUGCCUCAAGUACGGCGAAAGCACCAGCCGCAGUUCCGUAGCAGAGAGUAGUGGCGGCGAACAGAGCCCCGACGACGACAGCGACGGGCGCUGCGAGCUGGUGCUCCGCGGCGGGGGGAGCGAGCCCCGGGCCUCCCCAGGAGGAGGGGGAGUGGGGGGCCCCGGGGGCGCCAAGGCAUCUGAGGGCUGCUCCAAUAAUCACCACCACGGUGGUGGUGUUGGCCCCCCGGGGGGCCCGGGAGCCGGCGGGGGCAACAGCAGUGGCAGCAGCAAGAAAUCCAAAGAGCAGAAGGCGCUGCGGCUCAACAUUAACGCCCGGGAGCGGCGGCGGAUGCACGACCUGAACGACGCUCUGGACGAGCUGCGGGCAGUGAUCCCAUACGCUCAUAGCCCUUCAGUGCGGAAGCUCUCCAAGAUUGCCACGCUGCUGCUGGCCAAGAACUACAUCCUCAUGCAGGCACAGGCCCUGGAGGAGAUGAGGAGGCUAGUCGCUUACCUCAACCAGGGCCAGGCUAUCUCGGCUGCUUCACUGCCCAGCUCGGCCGCGGCUGCCGCGGCGGCGGCCGCUGCACUUCACCCGGCCCUAGGAGCCUACGAGCAGGCGGCCGGCUAUCCAUUCAGCGCCGGGCUUCCGCCAGCCGGCUCCUGUCCGGAGAAGUGCGCCCUUUUCAACAGCGUCUCCUCCAGCCUCUGCAAACAGUGCACGGAGAAGCCUUAA